AGCGGAUGUUUGAGUCAGUCCUCACACACAGACGAACAUGCGGCGGAUACACUGUUCCUCCCAUCAGCUCCACCGCUGUUUCCAAAAUUAUCUCGUAAAUCCAGCGUGGCCAGGUAAGGAAGCAUGUCACUGAAUAACACCACGAACUCCACGACGGACUACACCUGCGUGCGCUUCUACGUGUCCACCGUGUCCUUCUCGGUGCUGUUCGUCUUCAACCUCAUCAUCAACUGGACCAUCGUUCGCGAGGAGAGACUGCGCCGGCAUGCGCGCUUCGUGCUGGUCUUCCACCUGCUGGUGUCCGCCCUGGUCCACAUGGGCACCAGCAGCUUCUUCUACUACCAGAUCUACCUGAAAGCACACCCGAGCCACUCCGCGUGUAUGGCCCUGAUCACGAUCUUGAUCAGCAGCGCCUCGAACAUCCUCUUGACUCUCACGCUGAUGGCGCUGGACCGCUACUGCGCCGUGUGUCACCCGAUGCGCUACACCUCCGCCUGCUCCGCGGGGCACUGGCCCUGGCUGCUGGGCGCGCUCACCUGGGUGGUGGCCCUGAUCAUCCCGCUCGGUUUGCUCUCGCGUUCGGACUCCCACCCCGAUUACGGGGAGUGUGACCGGGACCAGCUGAGGAAAGGCGAGCUGCAGAAGGUGCUGUUCAUAGGUCUGUGCGCGCUGGUUAUACUCUACAGCUACGUGCGGAUACUGGUGGAGGGGAGGCGGCUCGGGGUGCUCAACCGGAGGAACCGGGCCGGGUGCAAGACUAUCGCCCUUCACGGCACCCAACUGGCCGUGUACAUCCUCCCGAACUUUGUCAGCUUUGUGCUGUCGAUUCUCACCAAAAAGAACUUAAUACUGAAAGAGACCAAGGAGCUGUCCGCCGUUGUCGUCUUUGCCUUUUUCAGCCUGGCGCAGUGCAUUGCGCCGAUCAUUUACGGUUUGCGUAAAGAAGAACUUUUGGAGCAGCUGAGUCACAGGUUCCCAUGCUGUUCCCGGUACUUGAAGAGUGUCCUCGGAUGGACGGUGCAAGGCAACUGGCCACACACCCACCACAGAGGAAGGGAGAGAACACUGACAGCACAGACCAUCAUCUCCCUGGAGGUGCCACAAGUACCAGAAGCGGAGGAGGAAGCUCGGCCGAUGCCAGUCAGGAGUUCCUCACAUGACUCGGACUCAUGUCAAGGCGAUGGGGAGGGUGCCUGAUCGGAAAACUCUGGUCCAUGUCAGGAUCUCGUAACUGAAACAGGAAUAUCUGGAUGUACAGAGCGUAAGGGAACCAAAGGAACUAUCUUUAACUCCGUCAUGUUUUCCCCUGGCCUGUAGGCCAGCGACUCAGGGCACCAACAGAACAUCUUUAGGUCUAAAACUGACCUUUUUUUUUUUUUUGUCUGGCUCGCACACAUGUUGAUUAACUGUGGAACUGCUCAGCGGCCGUAGGGAACAGUUCUCUUCUUGCAGACUUCUCUGGCUGGUCUGGAGACUCAAGCCACGAGUCUUCAGGUCUCAGACAAUGCCAUGUCAUUAAUGUGUCCAGAGUGACCAUGUCGUCUGGUGAAUGUGUAACUUUGUGCAUAUCAGAAAUAGAAUGGUUGUGGGCCUCAAGUCCCCGCAGCCUCACAGUUCAUAAGUACACGGUCUGUCAGAUCAAACCCAUAUGUAGUGUUAUUUUGUGACUGGAUGCUGCAGUAUCAAGAGGUUUUCUACCAACAGCCUUAAUAAAUUAUCUUAACGUUA